UUGGGAUCAGUCUUUGGGUAGCGCGUUUGGCGUGAAGAACGCGGCGAGGAAGUGCUCGGAAUCAGGAAUUUUCAGUCACAUUGUGUGCCUUCGUUCGUGAUAGGGCUCUACAUCGAAACCAAAAUCGGAGCUCCUCAAUCGCCGCAGACGUCAGUCGCAGAGUGGACCUAGUCGCGAUCGGACCCUAACCGAAUCUACCGCUCAUCAUGUCGCCAGUCAUCCGCCGUAAUCUUAUCGCCUGGCUCGCAUUGGGCCUGUGCGUCUGUCUUAGCUGGCUACCGGGUCCGGUGGAAUCACGCACUCGACCGAAGAACCUGGUUGAUAGAAAUCUGGUGACCAUUUACGGCAGCUCGCCGCACGUGGAAGCCCUUUUGGGGCCAGGUCGUCCCACGCCGGAUACCUACAAGACGUUGCGCAGCGCCUUCUUCCGCUACGAGGAGUCACGCUCAUUGGGCCACGACCUGGAGCUGACCAGCAGGGAAAUAAAGGCUAACGAGACCAUUAUGAACGCCAAGUUAAAGGAGUUCGACGAAGGCCUGGUUACCCCUCACCUUUUCAAGCCCUCCCAGCACAUAUUCGAUGUGUUGGACGGCAUCCGCAACACCGAUCUCUUCAAGCUGCUAAAAAAAAUGCCCAAGGGCGCCGUGCUCCAUGCCCACGAUACGGCGCUCUGCAGCACGGCGGCCAUCGUCAACCUGACCUACUACGAGCACCUCUGGUCCUGCCAGCAGGAUGGAGAUCUCGGUGCCACCGCCCUAAAGUUUUCCAAGGAGAAGCCACAGGCCCUGGAUGAUUGCGAUUGGAGUCUGCUCUCUGAUGUGCGAGCCAAGUACGGCGCCGACAAGGUCGACGACUAUCUGGCCGAGAGACUUACCCUGUAUCCUAUCAAGAAGUUCGAAGACAACAACGCCGCCUGGUCCAAGUUCAUGACCAUUUUCAGACUUCUCGACGGCCUGGUGAUGUACGCCCCCGUCUGGGCGGACUACUACUACAAGGCUCUGGAGGAGUUCUACGAGGAUGGUGUCCUAUACUUGGAAUUCCGAUCAGUUGUUCCAACGCUAUAUGACAUGGAAGGAAAUGAGUAUACUCCUAUGGAUACCGUGCGCAUCUACGUGGAAACCUUGGAGAAGUUCAAGGAGGCGCAUCCAGAUUUCAUUGGCUCCCGGAUGAUCUACGCUCCCAUACGCAAUACAGAUUCAGAGGGCGUAACUGAAUAUAUCAAAAACCUAAAACAAUUCAAGGAACAAUACCCCGAAUUUGUGGCUGGUUUCGAUUUGGUGGGCCAGGAAGAGAAGGGCCGUCCUUUGAGGGACUUUGUCGACGAAAUAUUGUCUAUCCCCGAGGACGUUGAUUUCUACUUCCACGCCGGAGAGACAAACUGGUUCGGUUCCACUGUGGAUGAGAACCUGAUCGAUGCUAUUCUGCUGGGCACCAAGCGUAUCGGUCAUGGAUUUGGACUGGUCAAGCAUCCCGUGGUGCUGGACAUGCUGAAAAUGCUGAAUGUGGCCAUUGAGGUGAACCCGAUUUCGAAUCAGGUGCUCCAGCUGGUCUCUGACUUCCGCAACCAUCCGUGCUCGCACUUCUUUGCCGAUGGCUAUCCGGUGGUUAUAUCCUCGGAUGAUCCCUCCUUCUGGAAGGCCACUCCCCUGACGCACGACUUCUAUAUCGCCUUCCUGGGAAUCGCCUCCCAGCACUCCGAUUUGCGUCUGCUGAAGAAGUUAGCCUUGAACUCCAUCCAAUACAGUUCGCUGACGGGAGACGCCCAGUUCGAGGCGCUGGAGAAGUGGCAAGUGAAGUGGGACCAGUUCAUCGCCGAUGUCAACGAGGAGGCCUCCAACCAGGGAGCACCCAGUCAGCGGAUCGAUUGACUAGCACGGGUGGUGACAGCGUUGCUGGUUGCGUUCUCCCUGAUGACCUCUAACCUUUGGCGCUAGUCGGACUACACCGAAUACCCCUCCGCCCGCUGCUCCUACCACUCCACUCCAACUCGACCACCAACUGCAGCGGGUCCAAUGCAUCGCAUCCUCAUCCGCAUCCGCAUCCACUCAGAGUCAUAUCCAUGCCCUCAUCCCCAAAAUGUAACCGUUGUUGUAAGCUAAUUGUUAUGGACUAGUCUUUAGUUAGACCUAGACUAAUACUUUCCUUAAAGCCCAUGAGAUUCUGUGCCACGCCCCUUGAAAUCCUCUGCUGCGUCGAAGAAUCCGAAAGCAAUAAAGAACUCGUUUUAGUCGUAGCCGAAA